AUGCCAUUUUUACUUACUGCAGGUGCUGCUGGUUUAGCUGGCUAUGCAAUUGCUAAACGUAAAGAACGUCGUAAAUCAGAAAAUGAAUUUAUACAACAUGACAAAAAUAAAUAUCGUCGUAAAUCAGAAAAUGAAUUCAUACAAUAUGAUAAAAAUAAAUAUCAUCCACCACAAUAUGGUAAUUUACAUUAUGGUAAUGUAGUUCCAUAUUACCAACCUCCAUCUUAUUAUCAUUAUCACAGUGGUUUUUACUAUAAUACAGGACCAUAUUAA